GGUCUUUAACUGAGCGCCAGGGCACUGACGGUGUGGGACAAGCGGGGCGGCUCGACAGCGGGACAGUCGGUGUUCACCGGCAGCUUUCUUCCCUCUCCUUCUUUGAAAUCUCCACAAAACCUCUCAGUCAGUCAGUCAGUCAGUCAGCCUGCCUGCCUUCAUCCAGAUGACCGUGACUCAAGACCGGCCGAUGACCUAUGCCAAAAUGAGAGGGCUUGUGUCGUUUUUCUCAGCUCUGCUCAAGGGGAAGAAAGUUGGCUUCGGUGACUUUUUACACAAGCUUGUUUCUAGUCAGCAACUCUGCCAACACUUGGACACCCAGAAAAUCCUGCAGCGACAGAGCAGGCUGAGAAAAGAGAAGGACGCAAAAAGCGCUGAUAUCUCAGUGAACACGGAAACUUCUCAGAUGAAGCCAUCAGACUUUGACUACCUCAAGGUCAUUGGCAGAGGAAGUUUUGGAAAGGUAGAACAUUUCUUCAUCUAUCUAUCUAUCCUCACUCUGUUGUCUCUGCAGCAGAAGCAUGUGAUGGUUGAGAGGAGCGUACUGCUGAAGGGACUGCAACAUCCAUUCCUGGUGGGACUCCACUUCUCUUUCCAGACACCAAAUAUGCUCUACUUUGUUCUGGACUACGUUAACGGAGGAGAGCUUUUCUACCACCUACAGAGAGAGGGGUCAUUUUCUGAAUCCAGAUCUGCUUUUUACGCUGCAGAGAUGGCCAUGGCGCUGGGCUACCUCCACUCUCUUGACAUUGUUUACAGAGACCUCAAACCAGAGAACAUCCUGCUGGACAGUGGGGGUCAUGUGAUGCUGACUGACUUUGGGCUUUGUAAAGAAGGCGUGGCCAUCGGUGGGAUCAUGCACACAUUCUGUGGGACCCCUGAGUACCUUGCUCCAGAGGUGCUACAAGGACACCCAUACAGUCCAGCAGUGGACUGGUGGGGGCUCGGCACUGUGCUUUUUGAGAUGCUAUAUGGGCUGCCUCCAUUUUACAGCCGCAGCAAAGCAGAGAUGUUCGAGAAUAUACUUCACGCUCCUCUGCAGCUGCGUAGUGGGGCGUCUCCGGCUGCAUGCUCACUGUUAGAGGGCUUGCUGGAGAGGGAUGUCUCCAAACGCUUGGGGGGGAGCUGUGACCUUGUGGAGCUGCAGGAACAUCCCUUCUUUGCCUCCAUCAACUGGGACGACCUCCUGGCCAGGAAAGUGACACCCCCGUUCAUCCCAAAAGUGACCGGUCCCUGUGAUGUCAGCCACAUCGACCCUGAGUUCACGCUACAACCUGUUCCUGCCUCUGUGAAUGAGCGGUGCCAGGCAGGCGGAGCCAGUGAGGCCUUCCCAGGAUUCUCCUUCAUGAACCCAGUGGAGUACAUGGCAACACAGCUGGUUUCAUAACGAUGCCAUAUUCACUGGGAGCAUGUUUGUUCAAAUAUUUAUUUUUUAUGUCAUAAAUUAUUAAAGCAAUCUAUUUUUAAA